AUGAAGAUAACUUAACUUCUGAAGACGAUGACGAAACAAGGUUAAAUUGCUCAAAGAAUAGCUUAGUUGUACCAAAAUAGUAGAAGAAAUAAGAUGAAAAUAUAUUGUAAACGAUAAAUGAAGUGGAAACUGGAAAUUUUCUUAAUGAGUUAAACUAAGAGAGCUGUUAGAUUUAUAGCUCCCAUUUUUGCAAAGUAUGCUUUAUUUAUAGACCACCUUUAGCUUUUCAUUGUAAGCUAUGUGAUCAAUGUGUUACCUCAUAUGAUCAUCAUUCUAACCUUGUGA